AUGGUCAUGUUUAUGAUCGUGGUGAUGGUCGUGAUCGUGAUCGUGGUCGUGGUCGUGGUCAUGGUGAUGAUGAUGAUCGUGGCCGUGGCUAUGGUGGUGGUCGUGGUGAUCGUGGUUCCCAUGGUCGUGAGAGUGCUGUAUCGGCGGCGCAUAUGGCGUGCUAACAGUAUCAGGCCCUGGGCCGUUGUUUCUCGCUUCCACCCUGCCAUCUUGUCUAAUGCUUGCGGGCGUGAUCUCCUGCUUGCAAAUGUAGCCUCAGAGUUGGAUACCUGGGAGUCCGUUCUCCCUUGCGGGUUCAGCCCGCCGUUGGACAUCGACGACUUCCAUGAACCGAUCGAUGCCUUCGAUCUUGAAUGCGAAUGUAGUGGAUUCUGGUGUGCGUGGGGUAGAGUUGACGACGGGAGGGCAUAUGACGAUGUCAUGGUUGCUAUCUCGGAGCAGGAAUGCUGCCCGACGCGGGCCGACGGCUCAGACUUUGAGGGGGUCAGGAGGCUGCUACGCCUAGGAAGGGAGAUCCAAAGACUCCCAAAGGAUCAAACCGAUCCUCAUUAG